AUGAACGAUAACAAACGUAAAAAUAGUGGUUCGAUUGCAACAUGGCUAGAAAAACGAUCCAAGACAACGAUCCAAGACACACGUAUAAAUAUGAUGAAUGAUCCGAUUCCAAUUGCUGUAUCUUCUGUUACUCUUAGAAGGUUGAAAACUUGGAUAAGAAGUGAAAUGGGCCAAAGUAGAUUAACGGGUUUGGCGCUUUUGCAUAUACACAGGCAGCUUCCGUUAAACGUAGACAAGAUAAUGGACCGCUUUGCUAAGAAUAAAAGAUGUUUAGAUUUUGUUAUAUAA